CUCAAUUCCACUUCCACCCGGUAACACACACACACAAGGAAAGAGAAGAAGAAAGUGAGAAAUCGGAAUAACCAAAUCUCGUCAUCUCCCUCCACAUUUCUUUCUCUCUCUCUCUCUCUGCUGUCCUUGUGUGCGUCCUCCGAACUAGUCGUUCCUUCCGGUCUAAACCUCAUUACUCAUUACCUCUCUGUCUCUCACAUUAAACAGAUCCUCACAACCCAAAAAAAACUACCAGUUCUUCUUCUUCUUUUUUCUUUUUUCAUUUUUUGUUAAUUAAUUUUUUUUCGCUCUAAAAGAAUUCCAUUUCUCAAUGAACAAACCCUCCAGCACCAUCUCUUCUUCUUCUUCUUCUCUGUGAAUUUGAAUGAUGGAUGUUGCUGAGCUUGAAGAAAAUCUUUUUGCAGCAAGUGAUGCCAAGUUACAUGGAGAAAUGUGCAGGACUCUUUCUGCAAUAUAUUGUAAAAUAUUGACAAUAUUUCCUUCUCUAGAAGCAGCUAAGCCUAGGAGCAAAUCUGGAAUACAGGCAUUAUGUUCACUGCAUGUAGCUUUAGAGAAGUCGAAGAAUGUUCUUCAGCACUGCUCAGAGUGUAGUAAACUUUACCUGGCGAUAACUGGCGACGCCGUACUUCAAAAAUUUGAAAAGGCUAAGUCUGCACUUGUUGACAGUCUUAAACUGGUGGAAGAUAUUGUUCCUCAAUCUAUUGGGUGUCAGGUUGAGAAAAUUGUGGAAGAACUUGCAAGUACGGUUUUUGCAAUUGACCCCUUAGAAAAACAAGUUGGCGACGAUUUAAUUGCAUUGCUUCAGCAGGGAAGGAAGCUUGACAACUCUAAUGACAGUAGUGAACUUGAAUGUUUUCAUCAGGCUGCUACUAGACUUGGAAUUACAUCUUCAAGAGCAGCUCUUACUGAACGAAGAGCUCUCAAAAAACUCAUUGAAAGGGCUCAGGCUGAGGAAGACAAGCGGAAGGAAUCAAUUAUUGCAUAUCUUUUACACCUCAUGAGGAAAUAUUCUAAGUUGUUUAGAAGUGAAUUCUCAGAUGAUAAUGAUUCUCAGGGCUCCCAACCCUGUUCACCUACUGUUAAUGGAUAUGUUGAGGAUGGUGUUCAGACUCAAGCGUUUGAUAGAGUAUUUUCAAAACUUAGUUCCAUUAACUUAAAGCCGAAUAAUAGAAAAUCAGGCCAGAUGCCCCUUCCCCCUGAAGAGUUGAGGUGUCCGAUAUCUCUGCAACUCAUGAGUGAUCCUGUUAUAAUUGCUUCAGGUCAAACAUACGAAAGGGCUUGUAUAGAAAAAUGGUUCAGUGAUGGGCAUAACACCUGCCCAAAGACUCAACAGAAACUUCCACAUCUUUUAUUGACUCCUAAUUACAAUGUCAAGAAUCUUGUGGCUAGUUGGUGUGCACAGAAUGGAAUUCCUAUUCCUGAAGGCCCUCCCGAAUCUCUUGAUUUUAACUAUUGGAGAUUGGCUUUAUCAGAUACCGAUUCCACAAAUUCAAAAUCUGUUAACAGUGUAAAUUCUUGCAAGUUGAAAGGUGCAAAAGUGGUUCCAGUAGAAGAGAGCGGCAUGUCAGAGCAAACCGGGGUAGCUGGAGCUGAAAGUGUGUCUACACAAGAGGACGAUAAUGAACAGUAUCUUAGUUUUCUGAAAGUCUUAACAGAAGGGAACGACUUACAGGGGAAGUGUAAGGUUGUACAAAGGUUAAGGAUGUUGCUAAGGGAUGAUGAGGACGCCAGGACAUUUAUGGGUGCUAAUGGAUUUGUUGAAGCACUUACGCAGUUUCUCCAAUCAGCUUUGCGUGAAGGAAAUGCGAUGGAUCAAGAAAAUGGAGCUAUGGCCCUGUUCAACCUUGCUGUGAACAAUGACAGAAACAAGGAACUGAUGAUAUCAGCCGGAGUCUUAUCCUUGUUGGACGAAAUGAUCUAUAAACCUACUUGCUAUGGGUGUGCAACUGCCCUGUAUCUAAAUCUCUCUUGCCUUGAAGAAGUCAAGCCUAUGAUUGGUUCAGGUCAGGCUGUCCCAUUCCUAGUCAAGAUUCUUAAAUCCAGCUCUGAUGUUCAAUGCAAGCUAGAUUCGCUCCACACACUCUAUAAUCUUUCCACCGUACCCACCAACAUUCCAUACCUCCUUUCAUCUGGAAUCAUUGUUGGCUUGCAAUCCCAGCUUGUAGGCCAGGGUGAUAGUGUGUGGACCGAAAAAUGCAUAGCUGUAUUGAUAAAUUUGGCGGUUUCUCAAUUGGGUAGAGAGGAAAUUGUGUCAUCUCCAGGAAUCAUAAGCACAUUGGCGUCAAUACUCGACACUGGUGAGCUCCUAGAGCAAGAGCAAGCCGUCGCAUGUCUCCUAAUUUUGUGUAACCGGAGCAAGAAAUGUUGCGAGAUGGUCCUUCAAGAAGGGGUCAUCCCAGCUUUCUGUGGAAAAGCAAGAGCUAUUCUGUUUACCAGUGUUAGGUCUCAGUGCAAAUCUUUCGAUGCCUAG